UGUUUGAUGGGGAACUUCUGCGGAGUACGGAUCCGGACUGUCAGUUGAGAAACGAAGCCUUCGCCAGCUAGAGCAAGUCUGCAGAGAAAAGAAAGAUGACAUAUGCCACUUGAGUCGUUCUUGAAAAACAUCCGAAUCAAAAUGAGUUCAAGGAAAUCUCGCAGCCAGGCCUCUUCAAUCCCCAUAAGACAGGCAUCAAGUGCGCAGGCGCGAAAAUCCUCGUCCAAGUCUUCCGAGAGAAGCCUAGUAACUAGUCAAAGUUCAAUGGAGGUUAGCUCGGGUCAAGAUAACAGAGAGGUUGUCGAGGAGACCAUUCGUGGCUACACUGAGUCGGUGUAUACUUCAAGUCCACACUCAGGAAAAAGGUACAAAACCGAGAAAACCUCACAGCAAUCUGUGGGAAAUGUUCGCGGCAGAAGCUCAAGACAAUCAGGCAGGAAUGCGGAUUCAAACAAGGCGCCUGCGCAGUCGUCUAUAAUCUACGAGUCCGUGACAAGUAUCCCGGAUGAAGGCAUGAUGAUAAUUUCAGAAGAGAAUCUUCCUUUAGAGCAGGAGGAUGGAUACAAUAAUGGCUCAACGCAGACCAGAAGAGAUGGAGUUUCGUCGUCAAGUUCUCGGAAGUCUGCACAAAGUUCUGAGAAUAGAGGCGGUGUCGUGGUGGAGAGGGCGCUCGAAACCGUCUCGUCCAAUAACCGAGGCCACCGAGAGAGCACUGAGUCGGUGCACGGAAGCAUUAAGGACAGCGGUUAUGCCGAUUCCAACCAGGAUCUUCUCAGUCAGGAUAGCGGCUCGGAAGGCUACUCGGAGACCAAGAUGAUAAAAAGCGUGAGUUUUGAGGCGCUAGACAGCAACAAGGCCUGGCAGCACAGCCAACAUGAACUAGAGUUCGACAUGGCCGAGGAAGACGAAGAGAUCCUUAAGGAAGAGCUUCUUCGAAUCUUUGAUCGGGAACGUUCCACGUUAGAACACUACUACAAACACAAGAUGGCGGACUAUGUGCAGGCUCACAGACGACGACAGUUUGAAGUGGAGGAACAGGCCCGAGUAGAGAGAGGCGAACUAGAACACGAACUGGCACACGAGAAGGCCGAGAUGCAGAAAUGCUUUGCCGAGGAGAUUGCGAAGCUUACCCGAACAUUCAACGACGAGCGAGCUGAGCUUGAAGCGUACUAUAAGGAACAGAUUAAGAGCAUCCGUAGUCAGUACGAAAAGGAUCAGAAGGACUGGGACGAGCGUCUAGUGAAGGAGAGGGUGGAAAUCAGGGGGCGAGUUGAGGAGGAGUUCCAGGCGAAGAUGAGGGCGGAGUUAUCUGACAGCAAGUAUCACGCGAAGAGGACGAUCUCUGACAUGGAGGAGAAACACACGAGGGAGAGGUCAGAAAUAGAGAAGAAACAUAGGGUUGAGUUGGAAGAAAUCGAGAUACGCAUGCAAAAACUCACAUCUGAGUUUCAGACCCUGACAAGGGAGAAGGAGGAGUGGAAGGGCCAAGUACAGGUCCUUCAGGAACGCCUGAAUAAAGAGACGGAGUACAGAUCUGAGGUGGAGAGACUCCUAGACCAGGAGAAGCUGAAUGUCACUAACAUCGAGAUGGUAAAGAGAAAAGAGACCGAAGAGCUGAAGAGUGAGUUGGAAAACGCGAGGGUCGAGCUGGAUGAUCGCAACAAGAGCACGUUGGAAUUCAAGAAAAUGGAAGAAGACCUGAGAGUGAAAGGAAAGGAUGGACUUAGCGGGCAUCUGCGAGAGGAGUUUGAAAAAAUUAUGAAUGAGCACAAACGAAAACUUGACCAAGACUAUGAACAGGAGAAGGAGAAUCUACGACUCAAUGUGGAAUCACAGAGGAAGAAAAUUGAGGAGGACAUAAAAUACGAGAGACAAAAACUUAAAGAGGAAAAUGAUCGAGAAAGAGACGAGAUAAGUAGAGAGAAGAAGGAGGUUGAUAAUGAAAAGUAUCGGGUUUCUAAAGUGAAAGAAGCGGUUGGCUCCUCUUAUCAUACCGGUCACAGUGCUUCCUAUGGAGAGCAUAGGCCAAGGGAUAGUAGCAGAAAUAAAGAUGGAAACUCAUACUCUAGGGAUAACGCAGGUCAAUCUGACAUUGGAAAUGAUAGACCUUCUAUCGACAAGAGAAGGAACGAUGACCAAGGUAUCAAGGAAGAGCAUAUAUUAGCUUGGGACUCCAACUUCAUGGAUUACCCACAAGAAGGGAAUCGUUAUGGAAGAGAUGAUAGAGAAGAUGCAAUGAUCCAUGAGAAUAUCUCCUACAUCAAUGCUAGUCGCACAGGAGAUGAGGGUCAACAAAGAAGGGACGAUAAGAGAGAUGGAAGAAUGGAUGGACGAAAGUCAUACCCAGAAGAGCAUCAUGCUACAGACAGAAGAGACGAGCAACGGUACGGCAAUAGUAAUGACUCACGUAGAGAUGAGAAAUUUACUUAUCAGAGAAGAGAUGGAAGACAAGGGGAGUACAGGAACGCCGAUGCAAGGACGGGUACAUCCUAUGGACCGUACGAGAGCCAAAGAUCAUCGGACAUCAAUCGGAAUGUGACAAACGAAUCCCGAAGAGAUUAUUCGGUUACUACCGAGUCCAAGCAGUAUUAUGUCAAUGCGGAAAAUGAGGAAACAUUGCGAUCUGAGAUCAACGAGUUGAGGAGGGAGAACGAGGGGCUGAAGGCGAAGAUAGAGGCUAUGGAGGAGAAUAUCAAUCUUCACAAGACGUACAAAACAGAGGCUAAGGAUGAGAUUGCGAGACUACAAAAGGCUACAAAUGACUUAAAGGAAGAGCUUGAAGCCCAAGGCAAGGCGAAGUACGACCUUGAAGCAGCAAAAGAAAAGACUCAAAAAUUGGAAUCAAACCUGAAAGACAACAAUGACAAAAUCAAAGAACUCGAGAAGAAACUUCAAGAUGUGACGAGUAAGCUAAAAGAUGCAGAGUCAAAGGCGAGCGAUGAAGAAAAACGAGCGUUAGAGCUAAAGAAUAAGCUUGAUAUUAGCAACAAAAAGAGUACGAAAUAUGAGGGGGUGGAGGAGGGUGAGAAUAGCGUCGCUAGACCCCAGAGGGUUUCAGCGGGUAGUGCAAUACGUCACUCUACACCAAGGUACCAAAAUCAGGACAAGACAGCGAUUAAGGAAGAGUCGCUUUACGAGACAAAUGCCGAUAGCUACACUUACAGUGAGCCUGAGCGCAAAGCCCCUGUCAGCGAUUACUCCAUGAAGGUGGGCCCAGAGCAAGGUUACACUGGGCAUCGCGCUGAUUUUGCCGAAAGACGCACCUACGAAACAAAGCAAGACCCCCACGGAAGCCAAGGUGACAAGCAUCAUAAAACAUCGUAUGAACGCUAUGACUCCUUUGAUGUUCAAAAGCCUCAGCCAUCUGAUGACUUUAACUCAUCAAGGUACUUUGAUACUCACCCCAGCUACAAGCAAGAGUACCCUGUUGAGACCACCUUACCACGUUGUACCCAACAGAAAACGGAUUACAAGACAGGCUCAAAGUCAACUCAACUUGGAAGAUCUUCUCAUUAUUCUACUCGCCCGGAUGCAGCUAACAAGGGUAACUCAGGUUUUUCCAGGUACAACAGUCUAGACACAGGUCUUGAUAGAAUCGGUGGACGGGAAUCAAAGACUGAUGGGUUGACUACGAGUGAUAGGUUUAGUGCUUAUGGGCCGGUGCUGAGUGGCUCACACACUCUAGAACUAAAGAAGAACAAGAAGCUUGAUUGGAAGCAUGGAAGCGAAGCUCGGCAACUUGACCUCAUGGCGGCUGAAAAGAAGUCAAAAUACGAGAAGACGCUUAACGAGAGGAACAAACUACUACAGCUAAUCAAGGAACUUCAGCAGCGCGUAAGAGAGCUUGAAGCAAAGAACUCAAGAACUUCCACAGAACGCGCUCUUGGGGGUUUUUCCUCGAUAACUGGAGCCUCGCGCAGUAGUCAUAUGACACACGACAAGUCAGCUCUUGCGAAACUGAUCCACGAGCUUCAGGUCAAGAUGAGGGAGUUGCUGGAUGCUUUGCAACAGGAGAAGACCUCGUCACUAGAAGCAGAAUUUACGACUGGCAACAAGUCCCAGUACGUACAAGGCAUCGAGGGCAUGCAGCACCGACUGCAACACACGGAUAAUGUCAUAAAUGGCUCCCAUGGCAAUAUCGACGCCGACGUCCUAAGAAAAAUUGAGAAAGAGAUCAGCGCCAUUGGCAGCUUUGUAAGGAGUCACAUGACUGCUGAUGAGGGCCAGCUAACGAACAGAGCAAUGCUGUCAAACCAGUUUGAGCAGUUCGAGAACAGGGAUGAGCAGUUUGACAAGUCUAGCGAUGAGACGGUGAAGAUGCUGCAUUUGCAGAUGGAAAAGCAGGAGUUGGAAAUGAAGCUUUCGAUGGCGAAGGAAGCAAUGAGCGAAUACGUGCUCAAGCUCAACGAUAAGCAGAUUGAUGACCUGCGUGCGGACGCUUCAAUGGGCAGCGGUAUAUCUGAUGCGACACUACGAGAGCUGUAUGAGCGGAACUCUAAGCUAAAGCAGACUUUGGAGUCGUUAGAACAGGGCCAGAUGAGGUCGCUUCACCAAAAUGAGCAGCUGCGCAAACAGACUUCUGAUAUGCAAAACCUGAUUGGACAAUUGACGGAGGAUAUGAAGGGAUGCUCACCUCGGCAUCACGUGAGAGGGGCAACCAAUGGCGACGGAUGUUACACCAUGACGUCACAUUUCCAAUACAAUACCCUGGGUUCCGAGUCACGUGAUGGGUUUUUAUCACGUGAUGAGUCCCUAAGAGACUUAACCUAGUAAACUAUUGUCACUCUGAUUAAUUAGAAGCUGCAUCUAAUAAUCCGGCGAUUAGAUUACUAUAUCCAAAUCCACCAUGCACAUUUUAUAGAUAAAAAAAUAAUUAUUUGAAGCAUUUGUGUCCAUCGGAGGGCAUUACAUAAAAUAGAUCUUCUUGGAUGCCUGUUUUGAAACUCCCAUAAAAAAUGAAAUAAACACAAGCCACAGUCCCUAUGUCCGUUUAAGGUAAUUCCCUUGAAAUAGGUCCACUACCCAGAAUUUUUUAAAACUUGCAAAAACGAUAUUGAAGUCUUUAGAAAAUUAAGUUCUGUUUGUCGAGUUGACAAAAUCUGAUCUCCCAAACAAUAACCCGUAGUAGCUAACGUUCAAAACAAAUCACAUUUUAAGAGAUCGCACUAAAAGACACUGUUUUCGCCACUAUUUAUACGGUAAAAAACGCCAUUUUGAAGUAUUUCUACGGCUUUUAAUAUAUCAUUUUUUCGUGUAUAUUUAACUAUUUGAGCAAAAAAAAAAUGGCGGUAACCGACUUUUUUCUAUCAAAGCAAUGUUAAGUAAAGAACGCACGCCUUUUGCUUUUUAUUAUUUUCUUGUACAACUUGGUAAAGGUAAAUUUGACACCACUGUUUGUUUUUGUGCUUUUUGCAAAACCUGUAUCAAUAGUUCUUAAAUUUUAUUUUUUGCAAAAAAAAAAAUUCCAUAAAUCGCAUUCUAAGACGGCUAAAAUGGCCCUUUGCUGUUUCCCGUGACCUGUUGACCGUGAAUUCACGCCAAAUCUUUGACUUUUCUAGCGUAUUAAUUUGAGGCGAGAACUCGAGCUUGUCGGGCGUAACCCCGCGACCGGUUUUAGGAUAUCGCCUUCAAAUUUUCGGGAUCUGAUAGAUAAUUAUGCCAUGUCAUAAAGUGUGUGAGGAAUUUUCGACUGAAGCUUGCUUCAAUGGCACUUUUCGUGCCCAAAUUUCGCCAGAAAUGAGAGUUCCAACUUCUUCUGAUUCGUGAUAUUUUGUUGACAGUGUCAAAUAACAAAAAGUCCUCACACAAUUUGGUAGAUUAUCUAUCUGUCAUUGAGAUGCAAUUACGUGCAAGUGCAUGUGCAAUAAAGCGAAGGUGGAUUACGCUCUAGAGUAAACUCCGUACUUUUGAGUUUAAGGCCUCAAAAUUUAAACACGGAAUUAGCUAUUGCAAAAAUAAAACUUGGAGGAGAUAACUCAAUCUAUUAUCUUUUAUUUGAUAUAUAGUUUGUACAUGUAGUGAAAAUUGCGGCGCGACAAUAGUUUUUUCGCGGACACGUCGUUUACCGAGAAAAUCCGUACAAACAGGGCGCGUCACUAUGCGCAGAAGGGGCGCGCAGUGCAAUUCAAGGGAAUUACCUUAACAAUGUCGACCAACAACACUCCUUUGUUUUGUUUAUCAUUAAAAUGUCAAAGGUCUAUUCGCAAGAAAACUUCAAAAUACCAAUCUAGGAAUGAAGUCUGGUAUGGUAUUGACGAUAAAAUAUCUUGGUUACUCGCUUGUAUUAGCCGAUGGAAAUGGAUGCUUUGUGUGACUACGCAUUAUACGGGAGCAUAAAAUGGCGGUGUGAUUGGCAAUCUUUAAAUGGUUAGUUAUGGUUCUUAUUGAUUUAACAACUUUUGUAUGUUUUCUAUCCUAUAAGAAUUUUAGUAAAUAGUAGAAUGUAAAAUAGAAUGUAGAAUAUUUCUACAAAUAUCCAUAAUCGAAUGAUUAGGUGCAAUUUUAAUAUUUCCAAAAAUAUUUAUUUGUAGUAUAUCACUAUAGAUUUCCAAAGCAUGAUUAUUAAUGUAUUCUACUGGAUUGUUACUUAUAUUCAAAUAAAACGUUGCAAAUAAAUUACUUAUCUGAAUUACCGUGUAGGCACUGCAUUUGGCAGUAAGGAAGCUAUUUUAGAGGGACCAUCUCAAAGGAAGAGUUACUUGUUUAACAAAAAAAUUUGCAAGGGAGAAGUACUCGAUGACAUUAGUAGACUGUGUAAGUUCUGUUUAAAUCAAAUAAAUGGUUGUAGCGUGAAAA